AUGGCCUUCAUCGACUUCGAGAAUAUGCCAUCGCCUGCCCCAUCAUACAGCUCGACCUUUGACUCGCAAGAUAUUUCGGAUAUGCCUCGGCACACGAGCUUCACUGCAGUGCCUCACAAUGGCAUACCGUAUCAUCAAUCUGCCAAAUAUGAACCACCAGCUUCAGCAUUUCAACUAUGGGAGAAGCGGCAGCCAGAAGAUGAAGAACGCGCUCAAGUCAAACCCGACUACUCGGAUCCCAAUCAUCCGCAAUUUGCAAACUCAACUCCACCGGGAUUUCCAGCGGCACUUCCUCCACGACACAGCCGCAUACCCGCAAAACGUGUCUUGAUCCCCUGGAUACUGUUUGUAAUCUUCUUCCUCACUACCAUGUGGUACACAUCCAUGCUAUUUGGCGCACGGUUCCUGUCAAUUGUCAGACCAGUCCCACCGAGCUUUGCCGCACAGGAGAUCACCGUUUAUAUUCAUGGAGAGCUAGUGCAGGGGACUGUGUCAGUAUCCACAAGACUCUUUGCCGCCCCGACUAGCACCACAACAUCUAUUGUGCAGACGCCAAGUCCAACGAACACUUUACCCAUUAGUGGGAACGAUGGAUUACCUGAUGUAGGUAAUGAGCUUGGCAGGAUAUCAUCAGAUGUGGGGAGAACUGCUGCCUCGGCGCCUACAGGCUUCGUCACAAUCACGAGAGGGAUACCUUGA